UUUUUUUUUUUUUCUUUUCUUUUUUCUUUUUUCUUUUUUCUUCUUUUUUGUUAUUCUCGUUAUUGUCGUUAUCGUUCUUUGCUCUCUGCUUCUGAAAUGAGCGCUAGACAUUCCGAAACAUGGCUGCAGAACCGGCAAUUCGGAAUCGUCAUCGAUGCCGGCUCAUCAGGCUCAAGGAUUCACAUCUACUCAUGGAUCAACCGCCAGCACCUCAAAGAAACCGCCCCUGCCCGCGACCUCGUCGGCGUGCUACCCACUAUCGAACCAGGAGUCGAAUCGGAUUCCCCGCACUCUGCAGACUGGACUAUGAAAACCGAACCAGGCAUUGCGGAUUUCAAGGACAGACCAGAGGAUGUGGGCGAACAUCUGGAACCGCUCCUCGACCACGCCCUGGAGAUCAUCCCCGAAUCCGAGAUCCAUCGCACGCCCAUCUACCUCCUUGCUACAGCAGGCCUCCGUCUCGUCCAGGAUGAUAUCCGGGAACAGAUCCUCGCCAAUUCCUGUAGUUACAUCAGAGAAAACUACAGUUUCCAUAUUGGCGAGUGCAAAGACCACAUCAAAAACAUCACAGGAGAGGAAGAGGGCAUCUACGGAUGGGUCGCUAUCAAUUACCUGAUGGGCGGAUUCGACAACGGAGGCGUCAAGAUGAUCGAGUCUGUGACGGAUUCGAUGCCACAUCGACACACGCUCGGCUUCUUGGACAUGGGUGGAGCCAGUACCCAGAUUGCAUUCGAGCCAUCACCCACGGCUUCAGAGGAACAUGCCAACGACCUGACCAAGGUCAGCCUCAACACCCUGGACGGCCAGACCCUCGAGUACCAUGUGUUUGUCACCACAUUCCUGGGCUAUGGAUCGAAUCAGGCACGGAGACGGUAUGUGAAGGAUUAUCUGCUGUCGACCAACAAGGACUUGCUCGAGUCACCGAAACCAGGGGUUCAGAUCACAAUCGAAGACCCCUGUCUGCCAAAGAACCUGCAGCUCAGCGAAACGCACACCAUACCGCAUGUGCCCCUGAUGGGUUCAGGGUCGUUCACGGAAUGUCUGAAGAGGGUCGAGAUGCUGUUGAACAAGGACAAGGAAUGUACCGACGUCCCCUGUCUCUUCAAUGGCGUCCACACCCCGCCGAUCGACUUCAACAUCAACACGUUCAUCGGGGUCUCGGAGUACUGGUAUUCGUCCCAUGAUAUCCUCGGUCUCGGGGGCGCCUACGAUUAUGCGGAAUUCGAGCAAAAGUCGGCCGAGUUUUGUAAUUCUGAAUGGGAGGACAUCAAGGCACGACCGGAUUAUCAGGGACAAUCACAGGAUCGACUGGAAAUGCAGUGUUUCAAAUCCGCGUGGCUCUCGAAUGUGUUGCACGGCGGAUUCGGCCUGCCACGGUUUGGUGAGAAGGGAGCCAUUGGAUCGGAGGAGCAGUCGAACGAGGUCCUGGAGAAGGCAGAAGAGUCCAUCAAGAACAAGAACUGGAGGCCGCCUUUCCAGAGCAUCAACGCCAUCAAGGAUAUUCAGGUGACCUGGACACUGGGGGCGAUGCUGUUG